AUGGCCACAGAGUCGAUGAGGAGCUUCCGAGAGAGUAGAAGUGUAUGCACUAGCAAGCAAGAAGAGGAAGCGACGAAGCUCAUGGAGAGCACAGACGAAAUUAAGAAGAGGUUGGCAGCCAAAGAAGUUGAGGUGCGGGAGGCCAAGAGCACCCUCGACACCAAGGUCACGAUGAUUGGCAACAUCAUGCAUGAGUCCGUGACGACGAGGUGA